AUGCCAGCCAGCCACCCUGCUGCUGCUGCUGCUUCUCCAGCUAGAAAAGCCAUAUCGUGUGUUCAUGUUCAAAUCUCCCCCAAACAGGAGGACUCCAAGAAACUCGACUUUGACCCAAAGCUCCUGAGUGGCUCUGCAUGUGUUAAUAAUGUGGCCAAGCUGCAGGAACCUGAUCUGUCCCCAUCACGUGCUGCAAACUUGCCAGGGAAGGAGGGGGCAUUAAUAAAACAAGAUCUUGCUGAUGAAAAACUGACAUUAUCUUCCCUCCAUUUGCACACAAAUCCAAGUGACAGUGGCAUUCGCCCACCUGUGAGUUCCCUAUCUACGCCAGAGAGUGCAGCAUCUGUGGUGCUCGGCCGCAUUCCCUUACAUGAUGCAACGACACAGAUAACCAUGGAGAGCACAGCCAAAACAACCUUCUCUGCUGAGAUAUUUAUUGACAGUAGAGAAAAGGAUAUAAUAUCCAGGUCUCCAGAUGUAACAGCCAACACCACUCCAGAGAGGCAGCCUUUAUACCAUGCCCGACUCUCCCCAGCCACUGAUCAACCUUUGCUCGUGCCAUACAGACCUCAUGGGAGCCCUGAGUUGUUCUAUGUUCCCUACACUGAUGGGUUAUCCAGGAUCUCUCCUGUCAGCACCAUAGAGAGCUCCCACACAGGCUCCAAUGAUGCAGUUUCACCCAAAUUUCCAGUGGAAGUGCUGGGCUCUGGCAUGGAUAGCCUAUCCGAUUCGGCACUGGUCCGGCAUAAAGAAGGCAUAUACAGCAAAGGCUCCAGCCCCAAGCUGGCCUGGGAAGCAAGCACAGCACCACAUAAAGGAAAUGCCUCAGAGACUUUACCAACAAGGUCGGCUGUACGACAUACGCUGGAGAAAGAGCCAGAGCAUCAGAUGGGUUCCGAUACUAAAGCUCCCCGUACUGCUCUUACACAAGGAAACUUUCAAUAUGAACGCGAUUCCAGAUUAGAUAAUCAGAGGGAAAGGCCUUCCCUUCUCUCCAGCCACACUGAGGAUAAUGAAUUCUUCCCCUUAACGCCAGAAAUAGAUUUCAACAGGGACCAGCGACGUGAUGGCAGCCCCAGCCUGAGGUGGAACAGUCCAGCUGAAGGUUCUUUGCUAAGAAAUGCUAAAACUAUUUCUUUUCCUUUUUCAAAAAGUUCUCCCAGCCUUAAAGUCACUGGGAGUAGCCCACUGCCUGGAAAGGUCUCUCCAACUUCACUUGGUGGCAGGUCUGUCACCAAUGGAAGAAACGGUGAGAAUUCCUAUACCAAUGGCCGCUACAUGUCUGUGACUCGGGAGUCUGAUGGCCAUAAGCGGUUGCACAAGUCCCAGGCCACUCUGGAUCAGAGCUCUGUCUCCCAACAGCGCUGGCACAAUAGUGUUUUUCUAUCAGCUGGUCAACACUACAGCAGUCUGGAUGAUCUAUGGGCUCGUUAUACAAAUAGGAAAAAGCUUCAGCAGUCGGAAUCCAAGAGCAAUCAUGAGCUUUCACUGGUGGAGAGGCUAGAUCGCCUAGCCAGGCUCCUUCACAAUUCCUCUUCCCACUCUCCACACUCGGCAAAGGACGAACCACUUGCUGACCUAGAGCAAAGCAAGAACCAUGUGAAAGAGAGAAGCUGGGAGGGCAGUGGCCAUAAAGGAGAAAGAUGGUAUGACAAGAAGCUCUCAGGAACAGGCCUUCAUGUAGGGGGCAGAUAUUCGCUAGAUGAGAUAGACAUUACUAGUCAUGCUGAUGAGAGCUCUGUAGGCUCAGACUUGUACCCACUGCUCCAAAGCGCCAAAUCCGACAGCGCCCCCUCUGAAACAGGAACGGCUACACAAACAGGCAGCGAGGUGACUACACAGACAUCAGAAUCCAGCUCCACUCUAAAGACGGUAUCCAGCUCUGUUUCUACCAUAGACACCAUACGCCUUAUUAACGCCUUCGGUCCUGAAAGGGUCUGUCCAUCGUCCCGGCUCUCCCGCUUGUACAGCGCCAUCGACCUUCAGAAGAGACGCUCGGAAGAAAGCACAGGCAAGCCCAGCAGGAACCCUGCCGCCAGAAUAGACACGGGGGGACUUCACAGAAGCUUAAAUAAGGAAUCUCUGAAGACUCACCGACCCGAUUUCAUAUUCCGCUCCGGGGAGAGGGUGAAGCGCUUGCACCUUAUAGCCGAGGAGCGCAAACUGCAGACUGUUUUCCAGAGUGAAAGAGAGAAACUAUUCAACCAACCGGCAAAAGCAGGCGAGUGGGAGACAGCGCAGCAGCAGCUGCAAGACUACAGGUUAAACCAGAAGAACAGAAUGAUCCCUAAGAAAGAAAUGGUCCAGCACUCCAAAAGGAUUUAUGAGCAGCUCCCAGAAGUGAAGAAAAGACGAGAGGCAGAGAAGAGGAGACAGGAGUACGAAUCCUAUCGGCUGAAGGCUCAGCUCUUUCGGAAGUUAAACUAA